ACAGACCCGCCAGCAUGUCGGGGCCGUAGGGACUCUGCCGCAGAGACUCCCGCUCAGCGCCCGCACCAGGACCGGCUGGCAGGUAAGGGAAAGCGGAGGCUCUGUGUCUGCGUCCGACGGGGACCAUGGAGCUGCUCCCGGGUACUGCCUGUCAGCUGGCACAGCCGUCCUGCGUGGUGCUAUUGCAGCCCUGCUGAGCCCUCGCGUCGAGCGGAGAAGUCUGGGCUCCGUCCCAGCCCUGAAUCUGACGCCUGCUGUUUUCCAAUAUUUCAUUUUUUCCGUGGUGUGUAAUAGCUGCCCGCUCGCCCCCGCAGCUGCGUUCAGGGCCAGCCGGGCUGGGAGUGCUGUCCCUCUCCUCGUGGGACACUGUGAGUGAUGCCGGUGCUGCGGGAGCCGACCUGGGGCUCACACUGCACCCCACGUGCCUCAGCUGCUCUGCACAAGUCGUGGGGCCAGGAGGGAGAGGACCCUGUCACCGUGAACAGCAGCUGGCCCCGGGUUCCCCAGCAGAGUGAGCCCACUCCCAUGGUGGGGCCAGCCUGCCCAGGAAGGGUUAAGCUGCGUGCAGCCAGGCUUGGGCGGAAGGGAGGGACGUGAGGAGCAGACCGUAAAUUUAGUAACCCCAGAACGUCCCGGCACAACAAGCGGUGUGAGCGCCGGCUGAGGGAAAUCGCUGCUCAUGGGCCGGGUUCCUCCCGAUGCAAGGGGAGGCCGUGGGUGGCUGCUGGCCUCGUGCCGUGUUUGUGCGUCAUGUGGGCCAGGCCUGCUGCUGGGGGCUGCCCUUGGGGGACAGGAACGGGUCAGGGUUAGGGUGGGAGGCAGAGCGUGCGGCCAGAAAGCCCUGGGCUGCACGGAGGGGUGGGCAGUGACAGCCGUGUCCCUGCUGCCCCUCUGGCUCUGGGUGCUGGCGGUGGGAGGGGACGCGGCGCUGAGUUCAUGCCCCCCCAAAUCUGUCUGCUGCCGGCCUGUGCAGAGAUGGGGAUGAAGGCAUGCAGCUGGGUGCUGGAGUCAGGCGUGUGUGGGUGUGCUGGGCUGCACUCUGAGCCGCUGCGCACGGAGGCAGAUGUUGCUGCGAACAGCUGGAUGCUGUUCUGCUGUGUCUGCCUGUGGCCAUAAGGGCCCAGCUGCCGACCACUCCCAGUGUGUAGUGGGGUCUGUUUUCUGCAGCAUAUGUGGAGUUGUGCCAGCGUGGUGGCUGCUUCCUAUGAUUAGCAUGCAUGCAGGUAUUCCAAGGUGCUGGAGCCUGUGCUUGCUGGGCAGGGAUGUGCACCAGCUUUGGGCAGCUGCUGCAGGGCUGGAAACGGGAUUUGAGCACCAGUUCUGCAGCACAGCCAGAGCCCUGCACAGUCGUGCAGCCAUGCAGUCGUGCCCACACAGGCACUCAUACCAACACUUCUGUCUCUCCCAGCCCGUGCCCGACAUCACCAGGCGCCUCCGUGCAAACACAAUGGAGGCUCCCAGCAGGACCACCACCAGUCCGAUCCGCAGGGUGCAGACCAUCAUCCAGAACAGCCCCCUGGACCUGAUAGACACAGGCAAAGGGCUGAAGGUGCAGACAGAGAAGCCGCACUUGGUGAGCCUGGGCAGCGGCCGCCUCAGCACCGCUAUCACACUGCUGCCACUGGAGGAAGGGAGGACCACAAUUGGCACAGCUGCGAAGGACAUCGUCCUGCAGGGCCCUGGGCUGGCACCCGAGCACUGCUACAUCGAGAACGUGCGAGGGACGCUCACCCUGCACCCCUGCAACAAUGCCUGCACCAUCGACGGUGUGACGAUCCAGCGGCCCACGCGCCUCACUCAAGGGUGCACCAUCUGCCUGGGCCAGGCGACCUUCCUCCGCUUCAACCACCCUGCUGAAGCCAAGUGGAUGAAGAGCAUGAUCCCGGCAGGAGGAAGGAGCCCCGCGGCUCUCUAUGGAUUGCCAGCAAAGCCCGAGGCCCUGGUGAAUGGCAGCCGCCAGCUGCCGGCACGGGAGCCCAGCCACAGCUCCCUGGUGAGCUCCAUCGAGAAGGACUUGCAGGACAUCAUGGACUCGCUGGUGCUGGAGGAUCCGGUGUCCCCCAGCAAGAAGCCGCCGUCCCGCGGGCAAUCCCCGCUCUGCCCCAUGGUGAACGGGGGUGGGCGCUGCCUCCUGUCCCCCCCGCUGAGCCCCGGUGCCGCCUCGGGAGGCUCCAGCUACGAGAACGCCUCGCCGCCCUUCUCCCCGCUCUCCUCGCCCGCCAGCAGCGGCGGCUACACCAGCCACUCGCCCAGCAGCCAGGAGCAGGGCCCGGCCGUGCCCCCCGUCGUGCCGCUCCGCUCCUCCAGCUACAACCACGCCGUGCAGCCCCCCCAGCAGCGCCCGCCGCCGCCACCCUACGGGGGCCCCAAUGACACUCGGUCGGCGGAGAGCCCCCGCGCCUGGCGGGGUGCCCUGGACGGCCCGGCGGUUCCGCACCCCCUCCAGGAGCACAGGGCGGGCAGUCCCCGCGCCCAGCCGCCCGGCAGCCCCCGGCCAGCCCCCCGGACAUUGGGUUCCUCGGUGCCGCGGGUUCGGGCAGCCCUGCAGGAGCGGCCGCCCAGCCCCUUCCGAGAGCCGAGGGACUCUCCCGCUCCCGGCCGGCAGCCCGCACCCAGGCUUCUCCCGGACGCCGUGGGACCGGCGCACGGCAGCCAGAGCGGCCGCGGGCUGCAGCCCCCCGAGAGCCCGCGGGCGGCCCGGAGGAACGUGGAGAGCAUGCGAGAGCUGCCGCCCCUCAGCCCGUCCUUAUCACGCCGAGCUGCCAGCCCUCGGGCGGCCCCGGAUGCCCCGUCCCCGCAGCCCCGGCUGGGCAGGGAGGUCCCUGGAAGCCCCCGGACCAGGCGCAAGGGCCACGAGGAGCCGAGCCCCGCGGGCGGGAGGAGCAGCAGGGCCGGGAGCCCCUCGUCCCCGCUGUCGACGGAGCCGUCCACACGCCGGCCCAGCUUCGGCUCCUGCCUGAGCCCCGCACACAGCCUGGGCUCCCUGGCCGUGCCUUCGCCCCGGCAGAGCCCCCGCGCCCAGAGGAAGCUGUCGGGGGACGUGCGGCUGCAGUCGGGCGUGCGAGAGCGUAAGAACAGCAUCACCGAGAUCAGCGACAACGAGGACGAUCUGCUGGAGUACCACCGGCGGCAGCGCGAGGAGCGGAUGCGGGAGCAGGAGAUGGAGCGCCUGGAGCGGCAACGCCUGGAGACCAUCCUGAACCUCUGUGCUGAGUACACCAAGACAGACGGCUCUGAGCUGCUGCCUGGCCAUACGGAUGCCGGCCGGCGGGCACCAAGGGGCACAGCAGGGCUGGGCCGUGCUGCAGAGGAGCUGGGUGUGCUGCGGCAGAGAGAGAGCCUGGAGAGGUCGGAUGAAGAGAACCUGAAGGAAGAGUGCAGCAGCACUGAGAGCACACACCACGAGCAUGAGGAGCUGGCGGGCCCACGUGCCAAGGAGGCACACCGGCUGGAAGAGGAGCGAGCCUGCGUGUUCAGCCGCCUGGAUGAGCUGAAGGGCCGCGUCAAGGAGCUGGAGCAGCAGCUGCAGGAGACAUCACGAGAGGCAGAGAUGGAGAGGGCACUGCUGCAGGGCGAGCGGGAGUCAGAGGUGGCACGGCUGCAGCAGGAGCAGGAGGUGGUGCAGCAGCUGCAGGAGAAGCUCUCCAGCCUGGACGCCAGCAUCCAGAAGGAGCGGGACAAGGAAAGGGCAAAGAUUGAUGCUGAAAGGAAGGAGCUAGAGAAACUCCGGGCGCUUUACAAUGAGUCGAAGAGCCACCUUGAUAACUGCCCUGAGUCAAUGCGGGAGCAGUUGCGGGAGCAGAUGCGAAGGGAAGCAGAGGCCCUGGAGACGGAAACAAAGCUCUUUGAGGACCUGGAGUUCCAGCAGCUGGAAAGGGAGAGCCGGCUGGAAGAGGAGCGCGAGACGCGGAGCCAGCAGCUCCUGCAGAGCAGGGCUGAGUACCACCGCAGCAUCGCCCGCAGGAAGGAGCGGGUGGCUGCACUGGAUGCUCAGGCUGCCCAGAUCCGGCUGCAGAGCGCCCAGGAGGCUGAACGCCUGGCCCAGGAGAGGAACGACGUCCUGCGGCUCCUUCAGAAGGAGAAGGAGAAGCUUGCAUCUCUGGAGAGACGAUACCAGCUUGUCACAGGUGGCAGGAGCUUCCCCAAGAUGUCCUCAGCUCUCAAAGAGGAAACCCUCCAUAUUUCAGAGCCUUAUGAGCUGCUGGAGGGAACUAAGCCCCUGAGUCCCCCACUAGGAGCAGCUGCCUCCUUAGCUUCUCCUUCUGCCCACUCCUACCCCAAGAUGCAAGAGGAGUACAUGAGGCUGUCUGACGUUUUCAGGUUCUACAGCAAUGCAUACGGCUCCAGCCUGGACACUAAAGCUUCUGCUGCUGCUCCCGCUGCUGCUCAACACUCUUUCUUGCUUGCUGUGCCCCCUGCAGCCAACGAGGUCUAUCGUGCCAAAAUGGAGGGUGACACUGGUGCCCUCACCCCUCGAAUGAAGAGCGGCACCCCAUCAUCCUCACAGCUCAACAUCUCCGUGCUGGGCCGCAGCCCCUCACCCAAGGGUCCCCUGCAUGCCCCGAGCCACGCAGGCAGCCUGCCACGCAACCUGGCAGCCACACUGCAGGACAUCGAGACCAAGCGCCAGCUGGCCCUGCAGCAGAAGGCCGACCCGCUCCCAGCAGAGCCCUUGCAGCCAGGCGAUGUACCAGGUCAGCAGGUGAUUGAGGAGCAGAAGCGGCGCCUGGCAGAGCUGAAGCAGAAAGCAGCGGCCGAGGCUCAGUCGCAGUGGGAAGCCUUGCACGGGCAAUCUCCCUUUCCCCCCUCCUACCCUCCGCUCAUGCAUCACUCCAUCCUCCAUCACCACCACUCCCACGGUGCGGGCCCGCGGGCCGAGGAGCUGGACCACGCAUAUGACACCCUCAGCCUGGAGAGCUCGGACAGCAUGGAGACCAGCAUCUCCACAGGCAACAACUCAGCCUGCUCACCUGAUAACAUGUCCAGUGCAAGCGGGAUGGACGCAGGGAAGAUAGAGGAGAUGGAAAAGAUGCUGAAGGAGGCACAUGCCGAGAAGUCCCGGCUCAUGGAGUCCCGGGAGCGGGAGAUGGAGCUGCGCCGGCAGGCACUGGAGGACGAGCGGCGGCGCCGGGAGCAGUUGGAGCGCCGGCUGCAGGAUGAGACGGCCCGCCGGCAGAAGCUGGUCGAGAAGGAGGUCAAGCUGCGGGAGAAACAUUUCUCGCAGGCUCGGCCUCUGACGCGGUACCUCCCCAUCCGCAAGGAGGAUUUUGACCUGCGGCUGCACAUCGAGUCCUCGGGGCACAGCGUGGACACGUGCUAUCACGUCAUUCUGACGGAGAAGAUGUGCAAGGGCUACCUGGUCAAGAUGGGGGGCAAGAUCAAGUCUUGGAAGAAGCGCUGGUUCGUCUUUGACCGCAUGAAGCGCACCGUCUCCUACUACGUGGAUAAGCACGAGACGAAGCUGAAGGGCGUCAUCUACUUCCAAGCCAUCGAGGAGGUGUACUACGACCACCUCCGCAGCGCCGCUAAGGUGAGCCCGGGCUGCGGCUCCGCGUUGUGUCCCCGGGCUGCGGGUGGCUUGGAGGGGCCGGCGGAGCCCGCGGCCGCGCUGACCCUGCGCUCUCCUCCGCAGAGCCCCAACCCCGCGCUGACGUUCUGCGUGAAGACCCACGACCGCCUUUACUUCAUGGUGGCCCCGUCGGCCGAGGCCAUGCGCAUCUGGAUGGACGUCAUCGUCACGGGGGCCGAGGGCUACACGCAGUUCAUGAACUGAGGGCCGGGCUGGGCAAAGCCGGGCGGCACGGAGCUCUGCGGGCGCGGCCACGGGCGGGUUUUUUGUUUGUUUGUUUUUUUUAUGUUAACUUUUUAAAAACAAUUUACUGGAAACGCGU